UUAUUUUUAUGGACAAAAACAAAAACUGACUGAGAUAGAUCUAGAGAAAGAAAAAUUGAAACCUCCUUUUUUAUCAUACACAGGCACAUCAUCAUCAAUAUUAUUAUUAUUGACAAUUCAAUAAGUUACAAAAAUAACAAACAAUAAACAACAAAGGGCAGCUCACCUAGAAUCUAGUCCUAAACUAAUCUUAAUGAAUGACGUGUGUACCAGGUGAAAUAUGAGAGAACCAAGUACUUUUUCGAAUAAUUUGAUUAAGUUGGUAAACAAGCCAAUCCUUCUCUAUCGCAUCCAAUUAUGAGUUUGAGAAGAAAGUCUCUCACGACGUACUAGGCAACAAGAAUCUACAAAAGCCUCUUAGAGAAAACUAGAUCUAGAUCUAGGCCUACCGCCAUUUUGACAACUAUUGUAAACAUUGCAAUUGCCGCGAAGAUGACUAAAAAACUACAACUGAUAACUAUCCUGAAAAUAAGUGUGAUAUCUUGUGCUAGCUGGAAUAAUUAUUUGAGAUAAGCCUAAGAUGUUUCAGUUUUCAUAUGACUUUUAAACAGUUUAUACUUGUUAAAAGCACUGGGAUCAUCAAUUUAUCUGAGGAAACAUACAAAUUUCAACUAUUUUGUUUUGUUGCGCAAAAAGGAAGUACAUACUUUUUAGUACAUAAUCUAUAGUUUUCUGUUUUUUUAAUUGUAGACCGGAAGUUUAGUGUUUACACUUUCGGUUUUGAUCCAUGUGUUGCAGCGAGGCAAACAGAAGAUCUAAACAAUAGUUUUCAUUGCUUCGGGGAGACAAGACUGCCGCCAACUCUAAAAGAUGAAGAGAAUACACACGGAAGACGAUGAAGAUGACCCCAGCAGGGACUCGGCCGCCAGUCUGGACACAUCGGGAGUCUCCUCCACCCAAGCCCUGCCCGCCAAGAAAAAGCCGCGGUCGAAGCAGAAGGACAGUAGUCAUGAGUUCAGCAGCAGGGAGAUUGCCAGACUGCGCCACAUGGGGGCUGUGGACCAUUCCAGCUUGUUUAGGCUACAGGUGACUGAGUUGCUGAAGGAAGUGUCGGUGAAGGGCAAGCUACGCCAGAGACUCUCGGCGGCUGUUGACGCACUCACCAAACUGCUGCUGGCCUUGCCCGCGGGGACCGAGCACGAGAGGCGACGUCCCUCCCCCCCACCCCUGUGUACAACAUGAGCGUGCUCCACGACCUGUGUGCGGCGCGUCACCUGGAGUGUAUGCGGCAGUCGGUGGGCGUCUCCGAGGGUCUGCGGCAGGGGGUCAUGUUGCUCACGGUGUGGCUGAGGCAGAGACAGGCGCAUGAGGGCUGGGGUUCGUUCCCCGAGGAUCUGCUGUGUAGUGUGGUGGCGCUACUGGUGGGCCGCGGCCAACUGAACACGUCCAUGACGGGGUACCAG